AUGACACUCAACCAUAUUAGUGGAUGUACCUCAAGUCAUUCUAGUGUGACACUCAACCAUACUGGUGGAAGUACCUCAAGUCAUUCUAGUAUGACACUCAACCAUAUUGGUGGAUGUACCUCAAGUCAUUCUAGUAUGACACUCAACCAUAUUAGUGGAAGUACCUCAAGUCAUUCUAGUAUGACACUCAACCAUAUUGGUGGAUGUACCUCAAGACAUUCUAGUAUGACACUCAACCAUAUUGGUGGGUGUACCUCAAGUCAUUCUAGUAUGACACUCAACCAUAUUGGUGGAAGUACCUCAAGUCAUUCUAGUAUGACAAUUAACCAUAUUGGUGGAAGUACCUCAAGUCAUUUGAGAAUGACACUCAACCAUGUUGGUGGAAGUACCUCAGGUCAUGCUAGUAUGACACUCAACCAUAUUAGUGGAUGUACCUCAAGUCAUUCUAGUAUGACACUCAACCAUAUUAGUGGAUGUACCUCAAGUCAUUCUAGUAUGACACUCAACCAUAUUGGUGGAUGUACCUCAAGUCAUUCGAGUAUGACAAUCAACCAUAUUGGUGGAAGUACCUCAAGUCAUUCUAUUUCUAGUAUGACACUCAACCAUAUUGGUGAAAGUACCUCAAGUCAUUCUAGUAUGACACUCAACCAUAUUGGUGGAAGUACCUCAAGUCAUUCUAGUAUGACACUCAUCCAUAUUGGUGGAAGUACCUCAAGUCAUUCUAGUAUGACACUCAACCAUAUUGGUGGAAGUAUCUCAAGUCAUUCUAGUAUGACACUCAACCAUAUUAGUAAAAGUAGCUCAAGUCAUUUGAGAAUGACACUCAACCAUAUUGGUGGAAGUACCUCAGGUAAUUCUAGUAUGACACUCAACCAUGUUAGUGGAUGUACCUCAAGUCAUUCUAGUAUGACACUCAACCAUAUUGGUGGGUGUACCUCAAGUCAUUCUAGUAUGACACUCAACCAUAUUGGUGGAUGUAUCUCAAGUCAUUCUAGUAUGACACUCAACCAUAUUAGUAAAAGUAGCUCAAGUCAUUUGAGAAUGACAUUCAACCAUAUUGGUGGAAGUACCUCAG